AGCAUUGUCCUCGCGAGGGACGCUCGAGCGUGUUCGCUCCGCCCUUCCGGAGAUACCCGAGCGCCGUCGGGCCCGCUCCGAAGCCGCCUCCGGAAGUUGCCGAGCUCUGGGGAAGGCGCCGCCGCGGCCUAGUGUGCGCGAGGCAAGGCGCUGGCGGUGAGGCGAUCCGCGGGAGGGACCGUAGCAGCCGCGAGGCCGGGCCUGGGCCGUCCUCCCCCCGACUCCCGCCACAACAUGUCCGACUUCGACGAGUUCGAGCGGCAGCUCAACGAGAACAAGCAGGAGCGCGACAAAGAGAACCGUCACCGGAAACGCUUGGCCUGAUGGCAUUUCGCUUGAGUCGGUGACGGAAACGCCGCAUGGCGGAGUAGAGUGACGGCCUUAGCAACAGGGGAGUAGCGCAGUGUCUCCGCAUACGGGAUGCGCAGGAGGCGCAGAUCACCUCUAAGCCUCUCAGGUCCAUUGAGCCGUUCUCCACGGCAUGAGAAGAAGAAGAAGGUUCGCAAGUACUGGGAUGUCCCGCCUCCAGGCUUUGAACACAUCACACCCAUGCAGUAUAAAGCCAUGCAAGCUGCGGGGCAGAUUCCAGCUACAGCUCUAUUGCCAACCAUGACCCCCGAUGGGCUGGCAGUGACGCCCACUCCUGUGCCUGUGGUAGGCAGCCAGAUGACGCGACAAGCUCGGCGUCUCUAUGUGGGAAACAUCCCCUUUGGAAUUACUGAGGAAGCGAUGAUGGAUUUUUUCAAUGCUCAGAUGCGUCUUGGGGGUCUUACCCAGGCACCUGGCAACCCAGUCUUGGCUGUCCAGAUCAACCAAGAUAAGAACUUUGCAUUUUUGGAGUUUCGUUCCGUGGACGAGACAACCCAGGCUAUGGCCUUUGAUGGGAUCAUUUUUCAGGGACAGUCACUGAAGAUCAGGCGCCCCCAUGAUUACCAGCCACUCCCUGGCAUGUCUGAAAAUCCUUCGGUGUACGUGCCAGGUGUUGUGUCCACUGUGGUUCCAGACUCUGCUCAUAAGCUGUUCAUUGGGGGUCUGCCAAACUACCUUAAUGAUGAUCAGGUCAAGGAAUUGCUCACUUCCUUUGGACCCCUGAAGGCUUUCAACCUAGUGAAGGACAGCGCCACCGGCCUGUCGAAAGGUUAUGCCUUCUGCGAAUAUGUGGACAUCAACGUCACAGACCAGGCCAUUGCGGGUUUGAACGGCAUGCAGUUGGGCGACAAAAAGCUGUUGGUGCAGAGAGCCAGCGUGGGAGCCAAGAAUGCGACUCUGAGCACAAUAAACCAGACCCCAGUGACCCUGCAGGUCCCUGGCCUGAUGAGCUCACAGGUGCAGAUGGGCGGCCAUCCCACCGAGGUGCUCUGCCUCAUGAACAUGGUCCUGCCUGAGGAGCUGCUGGACGAUGAGGAGUACGAGGAGAUUGUCGAGGACGUCCGCGACGAGUGCAGCAAGUACGGCGUGGUGAAGUCCAUCGAGAUCCCCCGGCCCGUGGAUGGCGUUGAGGUGCCCGGCUGCGGAAAGAUCUUUGUGGAAUUCACAUCUGUCUUCGACUGUCAGAAGGCCAUGCAAGGCCUGACUGGCCGCAAGUUUGCAAACCGGGUUGUGGUGACCAAGUACUGCGACCCCGACUCCUACCAUCGCCGAGACUUCUGGUAGUUGAACCCUGAGCCAGGCUGGGGGUGGGGAGGGGGGUGUCCGAGGAAGCAGGGGCAGGUCGCUGGCCAGGGGGGCUCCUUUAGCAGCGUAGCCUGUUUUAUGGCCAAAACCACCUGUAUUUUCUUUUUUCUUCCAAUUGUCCCGAUCCCCUUCCUUUUCUAUCCCUGCCACCAAAUCCCUCUCCCAAGGUUUCCCCGUGAUGGUUACUCUGUAGUAGAAAUGUGGUCUUCUCUCCCCGUCCCUCCCCUUUCUCCAUAACGUUUCUGAAUUUAUUUUUUUUUGCUAAGAGGAGUUUUGCUCUCAAAACACGGGCCUGUUUCGUUGUAUUUCCUUUCCUCUGCGCUGUGUGUACGGACGACUAUUUCUCUAGCGUUGUCUCUCAUAAUUAAACAUUUUUUCCAAUU